AUGGGUGUCUGUGUGAGUGGGUGCCCAGUUGCUCAGUGGUGUCUGAUUGUUUGCGACCCCGUGGACCACAGCCUACGAGGCUCCUCUGUCCGUGGGAUUAUCCUGGCAAGAAUACUAGACUCGGUUGCCAUGCCCUCCUUCCAUACUCCCUUUCAAGACCCUUCCCAGCUCAGAGCUCCAUCUGCACAGGAAGCUCCCCCUACCCUAUCAUCUAUAGAUCAGGAGUCAUGUGCAGUAUGUUCAUUCCCAGGAACUCUGCAGAUAUCAUCAUCACCACCAUCCAAAGGCCAACAAGGAAAUCCACAAAAUUUCUACCACUCUUCUGACUCCACCUACUAA